AUGGAGAGAUUUGUUCGUUUGGGAGGUCUGGGAGGUAAUUUGAUGGGUGGCGGAGCUACUCCAUCAGACUCUAAUCAGGUGGAUACUUCCGAAACUGUCUACAUUUCGUCUCUGGCUCUCCUGAAGAUGUUAAAGCAUGGACGUGCCGGUGUUCCCAUGGAGGUCAUGGGUCUGAUGUUGGGGGAAUUUGUGGAUGAGUACACGGUGAAUGUAAUCGAUGUCUUUGCUAUGCCUCAAUCUGGAACGGUAAGCCGUCGUUAAGUGUAGUCAGGCUAUUAUGUGGCUCUGGUUGUUUAUUUUUUGUUUUUAGGGUGUUUCUGUUGAAGCCGUGGACCCUGUCUUCCAAGCUAAUAUGUUGGAUAUGCUGAAACAGACGGGAAGACCCGAGAUGGUGGUGGGAUGGUAUCACUCUCAUCCUGGGUUUGGCUGUUGGUUGUCUGGAGUUGAUAUCAACACACAACAGAGUUUUGAAGCUCUUUCAGACCGAGCUGUUGCUGUUGUGGUCGAUCCAAUCCAAUCUGUAAAGGGAAAGGUCGUCAUUGACGCCUUCAGAACCAUCAAUCCUCAGACGAUUGCCCUUAACCAAGAACCUCGACAGACCACGUCCAACAUUGGACAUCUUCAGAAGCCUUCCAUUCAGGCUUUGAUCCAUGGAUUAAACCGGCAUUAUUACUCUAUCCCAAUUGCCUACAGAACACAUCAACUCGAACAGAAGAUGCUUCUUAACUUGAACAAGCAAAGUUGGAACGAUUCUCUGGCCCUUAAGAACUUUGAACAUCAUUGUAAGAACAACGAAAACUCCGUCGAGGAAAUGCUCAAGUUGGCCAAGCUGUACAAAAAGGUAAGUUUCUCAUUACCUCUGUCUUUUUAAAUGACUUCUCAUAGCUCGGGGGGAAUAUUACUAAUCUUAAUUUUCUCCCUUUAUUGUUGGUAUGCCUAAAAAGGUGACUUAAUGAAAACCAAAAUUUUAUUAUGGGUAGUCAUGACGUUUUGGUUCUUUUCUAAAUGAAUGAUUGAGAUGUUUUUAUUUGCAGGCCUUGGAAGAUGAGGAAAAGAUGACAGAAGAGCAAUUGGCCAUCAAGAAUGUCGGAAAGAGGGAUCCGAAGAGACAUCUUGGUGACACUGUGAACAACAUGCUCGCCGACAAUAUUGUACAAUCCCUGGCCUCCAUGAUAGACACCACUUCCUUUAAAUAA